AGAACAACAACUUUGUGACGCGUACCUCUGAACCAGGGUCUUCACAAACAGAACAAAACUUACUCACACACUCUUUUUUUAACACUAAUUGACUCCUGAAAAUCUCAAACCUAUUCAAAAAUAACGAAUCAAAGUUGUAAGCUAGGGAAAAAGUAGCGUUUUACUAGUAUCAGCCAUAUUUUGGGUCGGGGUCAUAAGUUUUCAUCGUUGGUAUUCCAACUCCACUCUGUUUCGAGGCUUUGGCCUCCUACUGACCAUCAACAUCUUACGAUUCCGGUCUCCAGCGAACCCAUUAAACUGUACAUAAAUUUUGGACCAACAUUGAAGCAAAACGAAUUAAAAUAUAUACGAACAUACUAUAAUAACAAAUUAAAAAAAAAAUAACAUUUUAAAACAUGCAUUUAUCAUUUUUAAUGAUCAUGCAAAGCUUAAAUCUACCAUGGUAUUAAAAAAAAAGAAUUCCGGAAUAAUAUUUACAACAUUUACAAAUUUACUCUAGAGUACGGUAUGAAAUAUUUCACUAACGUUUCGUUUCACUAUGUCGGAGUCACAGCCCAUCAGUGAAAUCAACUGUGGCUUUGAUGACAUUAUCGGUCUUAUCAGUGUGUGCGUACGAAUGACUAUGAAUAACCAAGCUGUCAAAUCUAUUGUGUUUACAAUAUGGUGAAACGUGGUAUGGUGCGGAUUAGUUUGAUGAAUUUGUGGCUAAAAUCGGUUAAAAUUUGGUGCAUUUUGAGAAUUUAUUAUCAUUUUGAUGACGCGUCGAAGAAAACAAUUUGGCCAGUUGAUCAUUUUGAUAGUUUAUUUCUCAAAAUCUCCUAUUUUUGCUGAUCUUAGCUAGAAGUUCAUCAACCAUGAAAAUUGCAUGAAUGUUGAAAAGGCUUUGAGAUCUGCUGCGGAGAACACUCCCAGCGACCUGCCGUUCAUGUCGGCCACCUCGUAGGAGCUAUUACCCUUCCUGGCGACGAUGACGCACGGCUUAUACUGUGGGCCUAACUUCGCGUUGAAGUUCUUCCCAGCUUCGGACAGAGCGAAACUACGCUUGAAAACUCGCUGUCCGACAGUAAAUGUAGGUUUUCUUUGACGAGGUCGUAGUUCUUCUUGCUGAUACCCUUCAGCAUCUCAGCACGAUCAUCCCCUGAGAGCUCACUCUCUGCUUCUCUGCGAUGGUCCGAUCCACGUGUGACCAUCUCGUGCCCGAAGAUGAUCUUAUGAGCUUCCUCGAUCGCAUCGAUAUGUUGAGAUACCGUAGGACGGAUCCCGAAAGCCUGCCAGAAAUCGUAGCCGAGAAUGCAGCGACGACUCAGAUUUGGAGCGACCAGAACUGGUAUCGUGUUCACAUUGGCUGCCAGCAUCGCGAUCCUACAGUCUUCACGAGUGUUCCGGAAAAGGACGUCAAACUUCCGUUUUUCAUCCCAGGGGCACGACAUGCUACGGAAGAUCCGGACCAUGUCCAAGUAAAAGUCCUGGAACUUCUCUCUGGGACCCUGCUUCCGGUUGUUCGCCUGCCGUUCAUAGACAUAGUCAAUGUCGACCGAUGGCUACGCAGUGUCCGCUCAGCUGCGCUACGAGAGACGUCCAGAGGAAUGUCCCUGAUUUUCAUCUCGUGCUCCAGCUCAUCGAGGGUGAGAUGCCCAGGAUUCAUCGCGUGGUACCACGCCACGAACUGGGGCAUAGCCAUCUCUUCGAAUGCCAUUCAACAAAGAAAAUCAGAAUAAAAUUUGAAAAGAAACUAAAACGGUGUUCAAGUGGGGGUUUCCACUGAACCAAAUUUGAAAAUCCUAAUUAGAAAACGCUUCCGUUAGCUUGAAAGCUGUAAAAAAUUGAAAAAAAAAACCUAAAAUUUGUUCACGCUCCCUAUUGAAGCAAAUAAUUUAAAAAAUCCUAGUUUUAGCUCGCUUAUUUCAAAUAAACGUUUCGUUCU